GCCACCAUCCUGUGCUCGUCCAUCAUCACACGCCCACCGGUGAUACCCCUAUUGCUCCAUGCCGCCGAGACUCGCCGUUGUCGACGUACCAGAUGCCACGCCGCUCCUCCGACGCGAACACGAAAAACAGGAAACGCCCUAAAGAUACAAGGGGCACUCUGCACAACAUGAAAGCCGCCAUCCAGCCGGCAGCCAAAGCCCCCACCUUCAUGAGCCCACACCCGAAUCCUAGCUCCCCAGGCAACGCCUCCAAGGAGGGGAUGACAACCAAGUUCCAUGACACGAUUAAACUCGUGCGUGAGGAAGGGGAGGAGGUGUUUGGAAGGCUGGUGGUUUGUGGCGACAUGCUUCUGAUGGGCGAUGGUGCUCGCAGUUUCUACCGCCUCGACAUGUCAACCAAGCCUGCAACAUGGAUGACCGUGGAGAAUCUGAACAAUUGGGCACUCUUUACAGGAGGGGGACCGACGCUCUCUUGCAAGAGCCCGGAACUAUGGGGAGGGAGGAGCAACGUCGGGUACUCUGCUUAUAGUUCUCAACCUUGGUCUCUCUAUGGGGUGUGUGGCGCGCCAGAUCCCGUGCAGGAUACACUGCCCAUCAAUGUCGAUGUAGAUCGUAUGGUGCCAACUUGGCCGUGCUGGCUGUACCCAAGCAUGUUCUACUCCGAUGGCCGAUGAUCCGUGCCUGCCGCUGCCGACCAACUAACCGCCAGCUUCUUCUGGAGUUUGCCUUGGAGAUGCAAGAUUGAUUGUUGCUGCAUGGAUAGGUUAAUUUAUGGCUUGAAACAUUUGGUUAGUUUGUUGAAUUUGGUUUCAGUCGCCCAGCUUUUACGAACCUGUGCUAUGUAUUUCAUCAGUAUUCUACUAAGUGUACUUGGUCAUCUAUGCUUCUUUUUUUCUGUGAUUGAAGUGACAUGUUCAGCGUCUCCCCUGUUUCGUCAACGCGGGAAAGCAAGAGAAUGUUUCUGCAUGCACUUGAGCUACGCUUGUUGUUCUUGUCGACGCUGUAUAUGUUUUCUAUGCAGUACAUAUGGCCGAUUUGGAGAAGAUAGUUUACUCGGUUGCCCCCUUAAUUUGAAAAUACAAAUCCCCAUCUGAUAGCUAACUGAAGGACUGGGCAUUGCAGUUUGGUUUCUCGCCUCAUCAUGACAGUGAAUUGAGCCACUAGCUGUUAUCAGCGGAUGCAGUUGAAACCUGACAAUGAUAACGACUGAAUGUCUUUGGAACUUUCUUUUUUCAAGUUUUAUUCAUCUGGGGAGAAGUAUGUAUAUGUUGCAGCAUAUAUUAAUGAAGGAUGCCUGCAUCAUCAAUCUUUUGCAGGUUAAUUCGAUAUAUUUGUUGCACUUUGCUUUCUUUUGUUUUAGUUCUUCAUUUUUUUUAGAAAAGGAGGAUGACCCCCGGCCUCUGCAUCUGGGUGAUGCAUAGGGCCAUUUUAUUAACUAGAUAAUACCCCGCGCGUUGCUGCGGGAAUUGGUUACAAUAUAUUUUGAUGAGAUUUAAUUUUUGU